CGGCACGCGAUAUCGCGAAAUAAUUUGCUCGCAUUCAAUCGGGAGGAGCGUAGGUCGGUCUAGCGUGACGUCACGUUCAUCAUCAGCCUAGUUGGGUUAGGUUUUACGCUGGAAAUUCUAACGACAAAUUUUUUGUUUGACGAUUGAUGUUUUCCCCGUGUCGUGUUCCGCCGUAAUUGAGCGACGCCGAGGUGCACACCUUCAGUGACAGCCAGCUGUCGCUUUCCACGGAGCGAAACGGUCGAGCGAGAAGCCCACGUAGCUCGACGUAUAUGAGAUUUUAAACGGAAAAUGAGUCGACAUGAAGGCGUAAGCUGUGAUUCCUGCUUAAAGGGAAAUUUUCGGGGUCGUAGAUACAAGUGCCUUGUAUGCUACGAUUAUGAUCUUUGUGCCAGCUGUUACGAGGGAGGCGCAAGUACUACACGCCACCUCGCAGAACAUCCCAUGCAGUGCAUACUUACCAGAUCUGACUUUGAAUUAUACUAUGGUGGUGAAGGAGUAAGUGUCGAACAGCCUCAAUCCUUAACCUGUCCUUAUUGUUCGAAAAUGGGCUUCACUGAGGCUACGCUCCAAGAACAUGUUGCUGCUGAUCAUCCCGAUAUAUCAUUCGAAGUUGUUUGUCCAGUAUGUGCAGCAGUGCCAGGUGGUGAUCCGAAUCAUGUAACUGAUGAUUUUGCUGGCCACCUAACAUUAGAGCAUCGUAGUGGACCAAGGGACCUGAUCUCUUUUCUAGAUGAACCGUCUGCAAGUAGGCAUGGCGUUAGACGGAUACCACAUCCGUCCAGGGCUGUUGGUGCGCCACGCACACGUAGGUCCAACAUGCAUUUCAGUUCAUCUGGAGGACUGAGCCCUAGUAAUCGAGAAGGCAUAGACCCAAUUGCCGAAUUAUUAUCUCAGUUGUCGGGAGUGCGUAGAAGUGGCGGAGGAAGUGGACAGAGUUCAUCCGCUCCGUCACAACUACAACAGUUACAAAUGCAACUGCAACUAGAACGACAACAAGUCCGGGCUACUAGACAACAACUCGAACGAUUACCGAGGAGACAGACACAAGUGAUCGGUUCGGUAAGUGGUGGAGGUAGCGGAGGUGGUAGUGGCAGCAGUGGUGGUCAUUCUACUACUUUGGCGGCAUCAAAUAACACAAGUAGUAACAAUAAUGUGACUAAUACAGCCAAUUCGUCCGGUGUAUCUUCUACCAAUUCGCAGAACGCUAUGUUCCUGUUACCCAGAUGCAUUACGACUACGCUGUCUGAUUCACAACUGCAAAAUAUUGAACGUGAAAGUGCAAACAGGAGCCUUUUUGCACGUGAACUCAUCGUCGGAAUGCUCGCCUUCUCGUUCUCAGAAUUGAUGCAAUAUCAGUGCGUGGUACAAACUCCGGCGUCAAGUGCAACUACUGCUACAACCAGUCCUGAAACACCGAACGCUAACACUUCCAUCGUUCCCAUAAAAAAAUUGAGUCUAACUCAAGAGACGAAGAGAGAACAAGCAACAAGUAAACACGUGACACCACAAGCGUCCGUGCAACAACAACAACAACAACAGCAACCACAACAAAAAGAACAACACAAUCUACAGGCCACAGCUACUGUUGCUGCUGCUACUACUGGCAACGUGGGCUCAGGCCUGCAAAAUCAGGGUUUACCUUCAAAUCCUAAUAGCAUUGCGACUCAAAAUCCACCUAUAGUGCAAACAUUGAUGCAUAGUGUGUUACCUCAGCCAUUGGUAUUACAGCAACCACUGCCGCCACCAAUUAGGAAUACCGGCACUGGCACUAUCAGAGAACCGAUAGCAGCUCCUGCGCCUGCUUACCUAAGAGGCGGAGUGGGCUCGGUCGGAGUGACAGGUUCUUCGCGUAGGAAGCCGGUUAGGGCAGUAGAUGGCAGAAAUCAAUCUACGGAACCGCCGCCCCCACACUAACCCCUCCUUAGCCCGUGUAUCCCAUCCACCCUGAUUCCUUACACAGGACCCUCUAGCACUAGUCCUAGCACUGUUUAGAACACCUCAUCAUUAUUGUUAUUAUAAUAAUAUUAUAUAUUAAUAAUUAUAUUCGAGACAUCCUCUCCUUCCCUUCUUUUUCCCUCCUCCUCCUUCUCUUGGCUGCGUCUCUCCUCCAUCUUCAUCCUCUUGUGCCCUAUUACUAUUACUACUUUCCCGAACUUUAAUCUCGCCAUCUUUGCUGUUUACGUGACAUGGAACAAGGGCAAGGGCUGAUUUACCGGCCGCUGAAAUAUAUUUGCGAAUAUAACACUGUACAUAACUCACUUCUUGCAGUUAUGCUCGGAAUGUAGAGUUCGUUCGCGCGUGUACUACUUCUUCGAGCGAGUCUUGCCACGUUCUUCCACGCUGCCACCACAUAGUAUGGCGUUAACCUCCUAUCCGCCGGAGCGCAAGUGUUGUGAACAAACGUAAAAAACAGGAACCAGCUUUAAAAAAGAAAAUCCUCACGAGGACAGAGUGACAUUAGCGUUUACUGUUCGGUUGUCGGAGUUAUCGUCGGGACGGGCACGCAUGUGUACUGCAGGAUAUAUAUAUAUACACAUACUCAUACACAAAUACACACACACACACACACAUACAUAUAUAUAUACUGUAUUGUGAUCCAGUAAAGUUAGAGUGUAUACAAGAGUGAUGCUUUUCCAAAUUCAUUGUAUACAAUUACACACGUUUUGUUGCUACGAUACGUGUGCGAAGUGCCAGACAUCAUUAUCGGUUCAUAUGUGCGAUGAAAAAAAAAUUUACGUCGAACAAUCAACCGCUAAUAGUGCUAAGUACUUUAAAAAAACAUACGCAUUUUGCAAAUAAAGGUACACCGAUGCAAAAUCAUGCCUGGGUUGGUCCGUACAAUAAACUCUUCAGCACUUUUUUUUUUUUUUUGACUUUUUUUGCUCCACCUUUUAGAUGUAAUUUGUUUUUUUUUUUUUUUUUGGUGCACUAGAAGUUGAAAACUGGUACACGCGAGACAACGGUAGAGAUACAUACUAAUGUCACAAAGAAUGUAACGGUAUGAGAGAACAGAAUUGUUGCAAUUUUUGAGACAUUCACUUAGAUUACAUUUCUCGUUAUAAUCCUGUACUAUGCUUUAUAAUCAAUAAAUCAUUGGUAUGAUGAAAAAGGAAGCAAAUUAUUUGUAGUUUAUAUAAACUUCCGUUCAUUUUUUAACUCAUUUUAAAUAAACAUAUUUUUGUAACACGCUAAAUCGAAGAAGAAGUUACAAAAAGAGAGGACAGAAGAUGUAAAAAGUUUUAAAUGCAAAAAAAAAAGACUUUUUCUUAAAACAGAAGACGCAGUUAAAAUUUAAUGCAAUUUGAAAAGAUUUCGGCACUGACGGACCAUCCCUUGGCACGCGUGCAUACAAAACACAUAAAAAUGUCAUAAAGUGGAGAGAUUACAACUAAUGUAAAAAAUUUAUCAUUUUACGGCAACUUUACGCCUCAUACUGUUUGGUGCCUAUUGAUAUAUAUAUAUAUAUUUUUAAUGUUUCUCUAAUAUUUAAAUAUUUCAUCUUAUUUUUUCAAAUACAUGUAUUAUAUAUAUAAUUGUACAUUAUAACAUGGGACUUUGGACAUGGAGUUUUUGCGAAAUAAAUUGUUUCGUUGUAAUUCAAUUAUUACUCCAUUUUAAGGCAUUCAAUAACACUUGUAAAACAGUUUUGUUGUCUCUUAAAGCUUAUAUUUGGAAAAUACAUAUAUAUAUAUAUUAUCUAAAUAUUUAUGGAAUAAAAUAAAAUUCAUUAUAAAUUCAAUUGUGGCAAUGAGAAAGUUGUGUCUAAUUUUUUUUUAACUUCAGACUAAUAUCUUUUCGAGUAGAAAAAAAAACAAUAUAUCGACAUAUUUAUUUUCUUUAUAUACACGGGCGCGAAGAAAAUUGUCAAAAAAUGUGCGAGAACGUGUGAUUUUGUAAAAUUUCUAAGACAAUUUCAACACUGCUCAUACAAAUUUUUCAAGAUCUAUACUUCCUCUCCUCUCUUAUGUCUUUUUUUUCCCCAUACUUAUUGUGUUUCCUCUAAUCUAUUUCAUAUAUAUAUAUAUAUUACGUUUAUUGAUUUAAAUUAUCUUUCGCCUGUUAUCCCGUGCGAGCGUGCGUCUGUGUGCGAAGUGUGGUAGUUCUACAAACUGCGUUUCACAUAAAAAAAAAUGCGUAAAACUUUAUAUAAAUCCACGAAGAAGAGAGAAAAAAAAAAUAUCGUUCGUACAACAAUAGCAUUUUCGGUCGUAUCGGUCAAAAGUGCUGUGAAAAAUGUACGUGUUAAGAAUCAGAAUCGAUUCUCUCGAUUUGUUGCUGCUUUCCGUGUCGCAACUUUGACACAGUUCGGGAUUACGUGGUCACAUUUACUUAUACGGCUCGCUGAGGUAAUUUUUCAAAAGAAAAAAAAAACAAAAAAAGGUGUGAAAACAUGUACAUAUGUCACAAUAUCGAUGGCGCGCACUUGUGGCUAAUCACUCGCCUGUUGUGUUCUAGUAAUUAUAAUAAUUCUAGUAAUUAUAAUAAUUCUAGUAAUUAUAAUACAUAUUUAGUGUGAGAAUUUGUUAUAUGAACUUCGGAGCGCGUAUAUAUAUAUAUAUAGCUGUUUUAUUUUCCGUGCUCGAGGAAGAGAUCGAGAAACUUUAACACUCUGAAGUAAAAAACAAAACAAAAAAAAUAGUUUCUUUAACAUUUUCCUUUGCUGUUUCUUCGAUGUAUUCCAAUCUUCCUAAAUGUUUUGCUCGUCUCUUUAUCCGAUGCACGUGCACGCAAGAAUGCUUUUCGAGUAGCUCGUCACGAUCCUGUGUAAUUAGUUGCAGCUCAUUAGAUCAAAAUUAACCUAAGCGGGAGUUCAUUUAAUUGCCUUAAUUAAUUAGAUUCGGGAAUGCCUAAAGCAAUUCGUGAGAUGAAUAUUUUGAUUACUCUCUUUUUGAGAGGUGCGGAUGUAAUUGCGAAAGAGUCUUUAGCGCGCGAAGGAAGUUAAUGAUAUAUGUACUAAGUUGUAAUCUUAAUAAACACACAUACGUAUAUACAAAAUUAUCAAACUGCGGACAUUGUACGAACAUGUUGCACUAUCGUGCCACUGCUUUCUCUCUCGAAUCAUCAACACGCCUAAUCCGGAAGUCUAUGUUCAGGAACGAAGCAAGACUCCAAACAAAGUUUUUGCUCUAAUCGGUUUUUUAUCAAUCUCCGGUUUUGUUAGAUUUGUGUUCACAAGCGAGAGAAAAAAAAACUUCCAUUUUUGGGUAAUUAAGUUUCCCUUGUUUCCACGUCACUUUCGUCUUGCGGAAAUUUUUCUUUCUCGAACGUUUUUUAUUCGGAUUGCGAUGCGAGAAUGAAACCAUUUUCUUGGUCUGUUCAACGACUGUGCUUGAAUAAAUUGUAAAUUAAUUUAACAAUUUUAAAAUUAAAGUCGUGGAUUAAAAAUGGUUCAGAAUUUUGUGAUAUAAUUUGCAUAUUCAAUUAAUAUUUUCGCAAUUGGAUUGGUGAACACGAGGGUUUCCCCGUUGAAGGUGAUGAUGUUUCUCGGUGCACAUCUAGUGCAAAAUGCGCGUGUAAUUGCAGCAGGAGCGUAAUGACGUUAUUGAGAUCCUCCAAAGGAAAAGCGUACGCGACAUUUCCCUUCCUCAUCCCGUUCCGUCAUUUCAUUGGGUAAAAAGAGUCGUCUCCUUCUCCUCACGCAAUACAUAAAUAAUAUUUCAAUUUGUAUAUUUUACGUAUGUAUGUGUGUGUGUGUUACCACGUAAGCGA